AUGAGUGGUGUGUGGGAUAGCGUGCCACCUUCUUCUCCUUCCCAAACUAGUACUACUACCACCACCACUGACGUUCCUCGACGGAAAACUCAAAAGGUGGAAAUACCCCGUGAAAAUCCUGAUAGUAAUCUGUGCAGUUAUUAUCUCGUCCGAAAACAGCGUUUUUGUCGAACGGUUCGGAGCCCCGGAUCAUCUUUUUGCCACACCCACAACAUUUAUUCCACUCCACCGCUCGCUCAUGAGGUUAGUAGACAGGACAUUAAGACGGCAGCCCUUACCACUAGUAAUGCUGCGACCCUAUCGGACGCCGAAAAGGACGUGGAUAAUUGUCAUAAUGGAAACAUACAACGUGUACCAUGUCCGAUAAACCCUAACCACACUGUGUAUCGGUCGAGGUUGGAAAAGCAUAUGCGAGUAUGCCCGGAUCUUCGUUUUGUGAACAGUGGGUUGCCGUACUUCCGCCAAAACUACCAUGCUAACCGCAGUUCACACCUUGCCGAUGCGAUAGAUGUACGUGACGAAGUUAAGGAAAGCGGCGAUCCUAUCAGUUCGGAGGCGAAGAUUCUGGAAAAACAAUCCAACAUAUUCUACACACACAAGAAUUUAGCCCAAGAAGAGUUGAACUGUCUCAUUGACCGCGUUACGUCCUGUUACACCAAGUUCAUUAAGGAUCAGAUCGUCGUUUUGGGCGUGGAGAAUGAUGGCUCUGACACGGCAGAAAUACCUAAAAUGUGGGGGGAUAAUAUCAAACAAUCCAAGAAACAUGCGCCGCAACACCAGGGUCUCCUUCGCUGUUUGGGCGAGGCGGCGGCCAGGUCUCAUCAGGAGCAUCACUAUAGCCAAAACCAAGAGCCAGAUCGGGAGUCUUUUCGGUGUUUAGAUGGUUUUCUAGAGCUUGGUGCUGGCAAAGGCAGCCUUUCUGUCGCUUUGCAGCAAGUUCUUGUCAACUACAUAGAGUAUCAAGAGAACUCGAGUGGUGGGGGCAUGCACUGCGGAACGGCAUUGGAGCGUCAACUGCCCUUCCUACAGCACGUGUCGCUGCGCCCUGUGCUGGGGGUUGUGGAUAUGGAUGGCUUUCGGCGGAAGGGCGACGCACGAGUGAGUCACUCAAAGAUUCCACUCUGUCGGCUUCGUAUUAACCUGAAGGACAUGGAUCUCACCGAGGCUUUUGUUUCGAAGACCUUUAGCACAGCGCGUGUGUCGUCUGGGGACGCUUUAUGCUCUGAGAGAGGAGAAAGAAGUGGCAAAGACUUACAGGAAGAGGAAGGGAACGAUGCUUCCGGGUCUCUUUCUAUUCAGCGGGAAGUCAGCGACUGGGCCGUGCUGGGGAAGCAUUUGUGUGGGGCGUGCACUGACUUCGCCUUAUCGUGCAUCACCGAAGAGGAACUGGUUUCGCGCGCUCGCGUGAGGAUGUGGUUGGUGGUGCUUGCCACUUGUUGCCACCAUCGCUGUGAGCUGAAACACUUCAAUCCACUUGCGUGCGAUUCAACGGACGUGAGUUCUGCCCAGCCUUCCCCCGAGACGAUUCUGCGGCUGCCCGGGACCGACUUUACCAUAACAGCGAAGCAGUUUGCCUGCCUGGCGAGUAUGUCUUCCUGGGCGGUAUCUGGUGCCUUCGUUGAGGAGUCCCGUCGGGAAGUCGGUUACUACUGCAAGCGUAUUCUCGAUAGCUUUCGGGUAAGCUAUCUUCGGCAGCACGGCUACACAGCCUGGCUAUGCCAAUACACGGAGCGCGAGGUGACGGAGGAAAAUGUCUGUAUUGUGGCUUAUAAAGAUGACUAA